AUGUCGGAGCAGGACUUCUACUGGUGCAAAGGCACAGAACCUGGCCAGGAGCGCAGCUGCAGCACCAACUGGAGCAUCAAGUCCGGCAUUAUUACCUGGGUGGAGCUGACGCGGGCCGGCAAGUACCCCGUGUCAGAGCGCUGCCUGCCCUACAAUCCCACCAGCCGGGCGCGCUGCUCCUACGACUGCCAGGACGUGGACCCCCGCCUGAAGCUGGGCAAGUUCUACUGGCAGCGCCUACAAGACCCAAGCGAGAUGCAGGACCAAAUCCGCCAGUUUGGCUCGGUGCUCACACGGAUGGAGGUGUGGACCGACAUGAAAGCAUAUUUUGCGAGCAACCCCACGGGUGUCUACCAAGGCCCUGGUGCGCCGCAGGAAACACCUAUCUACUAG